GGGAAUUCAUAGUAAUACGGUACUACUGAUAAAUCAUAGUACUAAUUUUCUUCCAUCUCUAGAUUUUGACAUAUUUCACAGGUAUUUCAUAUUAAUGUCAGCAAUGAUGUCUGAUUCCUCUGGUGCCAGCACUGUUGUGCAAAACCCUGAUCAGCAAUCAAGUCCUGAGCAAGUUGCUCGAGAAGUAGUGCGUCUAAAGUUGACCCGCGGCCCAAAGCAUCAAAAGAAAGUCAAGUGGACCAACAAUACUGUUGAUAAUGAAAAUUUAGGCAAGAAAAAAUCGAAAUGUUGCUGUGUUUACGUCAAGCCCAGAAAUUUUGAUGAGAGUGAGACAGAUGAAAGUGAAGGAGAAUGUGAGAACUGCUCAGGGCAUGUUGAGAAGAGGAAGCAUGGAAGUGGGGCCCCGCCUCCUGAUGACCCACCUCCUACUGGAGGACCACAAGAGAUUCAAGCUGCAAACUGAAGCCAUCUACUGGUGAUGCUCCUGUAGCUGCCGCUUGGUACGAGUGCUGUGAUCUUCCAUGUGGGAAAGUCAAUGAGUUGUAUUUAUGUAAUACAAUAUUGGAGAGGCAUGUUCAUUUUUAUUAUUCUCCGAGAUACUAUAGAAGGAAGGCUCUGAGUUGCCGUAUGUUGAGAUAUUUCUACAUUUAUUUUAUCUUGCUUUUAGUCACUUCCAUUCUAAUUUUAUUUUUGCCAUAACUAUUUUAUUAAUCACUUUGUUGCAAGAGGUGAUUAACUUUUGGAAAGUUACUGAAUUUGCUCAAGAUUGCUUGUUUCUUCUACAUAGAAUCUGUAUUUAAAUGGAACUCGACUGGAGACAAGUGUACACCUUUUUUCACCGUUCUGAUACGUGGAUGUAUGCCGUGCAGUCGUGCUUUUGAUAUUCUAUUAUCUCAGUUUAGGUUCUGUGUUACAAAACUCAUAGUUGAUUGUGGAUUAUUUGUUCAUUUCUCUUGCCUUACAAUGAAGGCAGAUAUUUCAUCCUGGAUUUUAGCCUUAUAUCGCUUAUUUGCACCUGAAUUCCGCAGAUCUUGUUUGUAACAUAUUUUAUCUAUUUCUUAUCUUGAAAUUUUUCAAUCAAUAUUUCAACCGGUUGGGGGAUAGAUUUAGGCUUUUAUUUAUGGCUUUUAUCAUUACUAAAAAUAUGUGCCUAUGUGCGUGUAAUAUUGUGUGCCUGCUUGUAUUUGAUGUUACCUCACGUGUCCCUCUAGGGUCUCUACAUAUAUAACAAAAUAUUUUAUCGUGAUGAUUGCAGAUUUUGAUAACAUUGUUUCCUGGUCGUUCCUUCCAGAUGUAGGUACUAAAAUAAGGUUAAAGGCGGUGUUUUCAAAAAUACUCGAACUAUCGUCCAUUCACCACCUGACGAGCAGCAACAAUUUUAUCUAUUGCAUGUGGGAAAUCCGUGUCGGGAUUUCACGUCAUCUAAGAUCACUAGAUAGUUUUCCAAAUUUUUGAGCAUCCACCCUCUGGUUGUGUGGUGUUAUACUAAAACUGAACGUUGUUACCGAAUUUUAUAAAAACUAGAAUCAGUUAUUCAUGGAAUGUAAGAAAUUUUUUUGAUUUACUCUAAUAAUCGUCUGAAAAGAUUUUGGUUUCUGAUGUGCUCUCCUAUUUUAGUUGCUGUCGUAUUAGCUAGCAAGCAUUAUGUUUUUUGGCCCCACCCUUAAUGUACAAAUUAAGAACUGAAUUAUCGAAGUUAUUCUCAUGUUUAAAUUUUGGAGUUUAAACGCAACCGUUUGAGCUGCCAGGUUAUGUUGAUUUUAAUUUCAAGUUACCAUGAUGUUACCUGUAAGUAGUUAAAAAAAUAAUAUUGGGAGUGUUGAGAUGGGUUUUUAUUAAUUUAGUUGGGCCAUGUGAUGGAGACAAUUGUUAGAUGUCAGAAAUAAAUUUGAACCGCUUACUGGGUGCCUGCUAUAGCAGUGAUUAGAGUUUGACGUUCGUUGAGGUUUGAUACCCUUUGCCAUGUUACGAAAUAUGUUAAGAUUCACUGCGCAAUAGCAAUCCUAUCUAUUUAGAUUGUAUACUGCAAUCUUCGUCGCAUUUAAAGGUUUUUUAAUUGUGUUGAUUUUUGCCGAAUAAAAAAUUAUUAUUUCAGUA